AUGCCUUCCUUUCCAUCUAGACCCUUGGUCCGUCCCAGGGACACUGGUCUCCAGCUAAGCUAUCAGCUUCCUCACCGUGUUUACGCAGCCAAAGGCUACCCGGUCCUCGCCCCUAAUGGGUCAUCAGUCAUAGUAUACGGCUACGAGAAUGGUCUGAAAGUUGUUUGGAGAGGGGGCAAAGCAUUCGGCGCGCUGAAGCAACCGGCCGACAACCACAAGCCUCAAGUUAACGGUAACGCGGACGAUUCGAUCAUGAUCAUUGAUUCCGAUGAAGAAGAUGUUGCCGAACCUUCCAAAAACGAAGCUCCAACCUUUGAAUUCGAGGACGAAGAACCGGAGGUUGACCCUGCCCACCCGUAUGAGGGGCUCCUGCGUGAAAUCGAUAUUCCCCUUGCAAGCAGAGUUCUCGAGUUGGCUGUGCCUCACAUUGUUCCCGAGACCGCACGCUCGUCACUUGAUCCUUUCCCUCCAGUUCUGAAGGAUACGAUUGUAAUCGCGGCUGUUUGCGCAGACUACUCGACUCGGAUUGUCGCUCUGCCUUUGACGCCACCCCACCCCUCUAAAACCGAUGUCGCCUCGUGGGUUCAAACGCUCUCGAUCAGUGGAGGUGUAUCACAUCAAGAGAUCCCUCGAGGGGUGAGCAUCACAUUCACAUAUCAGGAAAACGAACAGAAGGAGGAUCAGCCCAGGACGCGAAGCCGAGCUGCAUCUCGACCCAAGGAGACGGGCAGAUGGGAUCUUCUUGUAGCGACCCAUUCCGCGGAAUCGUCUGGUCUGCUUAUAUUACAUCGCAUCCACAUCGCGGAAGAAUCUGGAGCCUACCGAUUCCGUGAUGACGAAAUUGAGACCAGACGUCGCUACCUCCCAACCCCGGCUAAGAGCAUCUCGUUCAACCCAUCCUCCUAUCCAUCCCCUCGACACUCGACACUGCUCGUCGCGUUCCAUACCGGGUGUGUCAAGAUCUAUUCCUGCUUUUCCACGAAGCCAUCCAAGGCCUCACGACGGUCGUCCGGUCCUCAGAUCGACUUUGAAACGUCCGAGACGCAAGGCAAGUGGCUGAUCACUCUGUACCCUGGAUUCGAGCAAUUCUCCGCGCAGCGCAAAACAAUCAUCCACGCGGAAUGGGUUCUCGGAGGGCGUGCUGUGAUGGUCCUUAUGGCUGAUGGCGAUUGGGGAGUGUGGGACAUCGAAGGAGCCGGACCAGGAACCGCCAAGGGGCCUCUUCAGCGUCAGUCCAGCGUGCAAGGUGUAUCAGGCGGCUCGCUGACUGCCUUUUCGGUCAGCGGACGUAUUCUGAGUCCGCUAUCUGGAGGAAGUCGGGCUGAGGCCAACGGUUCUUUUGUUGAACAGAGGCCAAAGUUUGCGCCGUUGACACCGUCCACUAAACGCGUGCGGGAAGAUACGCUACUGAAGGGCGCCACAGUUGGCUCGACCAGCCCAUCGUUAUGCGGCGAGAUCUCGGUUUAUCAGACCAAUUCCUAUCGGGAUUCUCUGCCUGACGAAUCAAUUCUGCUGCGUCACGGCAACCAGGCUGCGGCAAUCCCGAGUCUCCUGUCGCUAUGGCGGAACGCUGUGAAUGCUACCGGAACUUUUGAUGCGUCCAACCGCUGCCGAGUCUCUGCCAUUCAGGAUAUCUUCUUGAUGGGUGAACGCCUGAAGGGAAUCGGACAUAUUCCCGCUGCCUCCCGCCAUAACCGCGAGUCUGAGGGCGACAGCUUCGACAUACUCAUUACCGCCGAACAUCGAAUCACGAUUCUCGCUCCCAGAUUGAAAGAACCUGAGCCUGCCCCGAUUUCUCGGCUGUCCACGAGUCGCACACCAACCGUCGAAACCGACCAGGUCAUGCUUCGCCGCGGCGAACUUGACGUGGAAGGUAUGGACCGACUUCUAAGCGGCAUGGCAGGUGGCAAUCGGUCUUUGCGCCUAGGAAGUCCUACCAAGCGGCCACGGGUCUUUUCAUAG